CCGGGGGAGGGCGUUAAAAGGCCAGCUGGUUCCCGGGCCGCGGGAUGCCCCAGCGCUGACCGCCCCGGCCCGCACCCGCCGCUGCCCCGCCGAGAAGCGCCCGGCCGGACCCCGCGCCACCAUGUAAACGGCGCCUGCGGGCGGACGCUGGCUUCUCCGUCCGGGACCCCUCCGCCCCGCCCCGGGCCCCGGGGCCCUCGAUGAGGACGCGCCAUGCUGACCGGGGUGGCCGAUGGGAUCUUCUGCUGCCUGCUGGGGGCGCCCCCCAACGCUGUGGGCCCUCUGGAGAGCGUGGAGUCCAGCGACGGCUACACCUUCGUGGAGGUGAAGCCGGGCCGGGUGCUACGGGUGAAGCACGCCGGGCCCGCCCCGGCCCCCACCCCGCCGUCGCCGCCGCCGCCCCCGGACUCGGCCCAGGGGGACCGCUCGGGCCUGGUGCGCUGCCAGCGCCGGAUCACCGUCUACCGCAACGGGCGCCUGCUGGUGGAGAACCUGGGCCGGGCCCCCCGGGCCGACCUCCUGCACGGGCAGAACGGCGCCGGGGAGCCCCCGGCCGCCCUGGAGGUGGAGCUGGCCGAGCCCGCGGUCAGCGAUGGGCGCCCGGGCCCGGGCAGCGCGGGCAGCGGCGGCGGCGGGCGGCGACGGCGCACGCGGCGCCCCAAGCGGACCAUCCACAUUGACUGCGAGAAGCGCAUCACCAGCUGCAAGGGCGCCCAGGCCGACGUGGUGCUGUUUUUCAUCCACGGCGUCGGGGGCUCCCUGGCCAUCUGGAAGGAGCAGCUGGACUUCUUUGUGCGCCUGGGCUACGAGGUGGUGGCGCCCGACCUGGCCGGUCACGGCGCCAGCUCCGCGCCCCAGGUGGCCGCGGCCUACACCUUCUAUGCGCUGGCGGAGGACAUGCGGGCCAUCUUCAAGCGCUACGCCAAGACGCGGAACGUGCUCAUCGGGCAUUCCUACGGUGUCUCCUUCUGCACGUUCCUGGCGCACGAGUACCCGGACCUGGUGCACAAAGUGAUCAUGAUCAAUGGCGGGGGCCCCACGGCCCUGGAGCCCAGCAUCUGCUCCAUCUUUAGCAUGCCCACCUGCAUCCUGCACUGCCUGUCACCCUGCCUGGCCUGGAGCUUCCUCAAGGCCGGCUUUGCCCGCCAAGGGGCCAAGGAAAAGCAGCUGCUCAAGGAGGGCAAAGCCUUCAAUGUGUCGUCCUUCGUGCUACGGGCCAUGAUGAGUGGCCAGUACUGGCCGGAGGGUGACGAGGUGUACCACGCCGAGCUCACGGUGCCCGUCUUGCUGGUCCAUGGCAUGCACGACAAGUUUGUGCCGGUGGAGGAGGACCAGCGCAUGGCGGAGAUCCUGCUCUUGGCCUUCCUGAAGCUCAUCGACGAGGGCAGCCACAUGGUGAUGCUCGAGUGCCCCGAGACGGUCAACACGCUGCUGCACGAGUUCCUGCUGUGGGAGCCCGAGCCCCCGCCCCUGCCCGCGCCCCCCGCGGAGAAGAAGUAGCGGCGGGGAGGCCGGGCACCCUGGGAGAGGCCUGGCACCCCUGGGAGAGGCGCGGGCCGGGAGGCGGCCUGGAGGCGGCGCCGAGCUUUCUGCAGAGCGGACCCCCCGCGUGGGCCGCUCGCUCCCCCGGUGGGCGGGGACAGGCCGGGCGACGCCCCCAGGCCAGCGGGGCGGGGCGUCGGGAGCCGGGGGCGGGGCGCCGCGCUCCGCCUCCGCCCUGCGGGGGUUCCGGGGCCGCUGCCAGGACCCCCGCGGAGGAUGACCUUGUACAGAAACCCCCAUCCCCCUACGCACCCCCCACCCCCCAAAAAAAACACUCGCUGCGGCCGCGAUCGCCCCCCACCCCCACCCCCACCCCGCUCUGUCUUCCGCGUCAGCCGUGCUUGAGCCCGGGGCCCACGUUUGCCCCGCUGGGACCCUCGGGGACCCGCCCCGUGGCCCGAAUCCUCCCCGUACCCCACUUCUCGUUCCGGGGCGCUGGGGGCUAUUGGCGCCCAAAGGUGGGGGAAGAGGGCUGGCGCCAGCGAACCUGCACAUCUCACCUUGUAGCUAAAUAAAAAGAAGUGACAAUCGGA